UCACUCACACUCACACUCACACCACCCAACCUUUUAGAGAAUCAAAUACUUUGGCAACAAAUAGGGAAUCCCAAUGAUCUUCUGUCUUUCAAAUCUUAAAUUUAAUGGAUACCCUUUAAAAACCAACCAUUAUUCAAACAACCUUCCCAUUUACUUUUAUACUACUUGUCUUAAACUCUUAAGAGCAAAAUCAAUUUUAAGAAUUUCUUUUUAAACACAAUCUAUAAAAGUGGAAGGAAUCUCAAAUUUUCAUCUAAGUUCUUGUUUGUUUCUCCUCCUGUUUUUCUGGGGAAAAGUUCAUGAUUCAUCAAGUUUUUUGAAGAAAAGGUGGGAUUUUGCAUUGCUUUGUGAUUUCUACUUUUGCUGGUGAAUUCAAGAAAGUGUUUGGGUGAAAACAAUAUAAAGCCAUUGUAAGGAAGAAGAAGCUAACUGAAUUGAUUUUUCCAGAUAAAAAUUGUCCAUCAUGGUAUCAAGGUCUUAUUCUAACUUACUCGAUCUGGCUUCUGGCCAGUUUCCGACUUUCUGCCGGGGAGAUAAGAGGUUUCCUAGGGUAAAAACUGUAGCUGGAGUAUUGUCUGAGCUUGAUGAUGAAGCUAGCAAUAGUGUAAGUUCGGAUGCUCCUUCUUCGGCUGUCCAAGAGCGAGUGAUUAUAGUGGGUAACCAGCUUCCACUUAGGGUACACCAUAAAUCUGACUGUGAAAACGGAGUGCGGUAUUUUAGUUGGGAUGAAGAUUCCCUUCUUUUGCAGCUUAAAGACGGUCUUGCAGAGGACGUUGAAGUUGUCUAUAUAGGAUGCCUUAGAGAACAAAUUGACCCGAGUGAGCAGGACAGUGUUGCACAUACUUUAUUCGAGACCUUCAAAUGUAUCCCGACCUUUCUUCCUCCUGAACUCUUCUCCAAGUUCUAUCAUGGCUUCUGCAAGCAGCAUUUAUGGCCUUUGUUUCAUUACAUGCUGCCUUUAUCUCCCGAUCUUGGUGGUCGCUUUGAUCGGUCUCUUUGGCAGGCAUACGUCUCGGUUAACAAGAUUUUUGCUGAUAAGGUUAUGGAAGUAAUCAGCCCUGAUGAUGAUUAUGUGUGGGUCCAUGACUAUCAUUUGAUGGUACUUCCAACGUUUUUGAGGAAGCGUUGUAAUCGAGUGAAACUUGGUUUUUUUCUCCAUAGCCCUUUCCCCUCUUCCGAGAUUUAUAGGACUCUUCCUGUAAGAGAUGAAAUUCUGAGAGCACUACUGAAUUCCGAUCUUGUUGGUUUUCAUACUUUCGAUUAUGCUAGACAUUUCCUCUCAUGUUGCAGUAGAAUGCUAGGACUUUCUUACCAAUCUAAGCGAGGUUACAUCGGUUUGGAAUAUUACGGUCGUACAGUAAGCAUUAAAAUUCUUCCCGUUGGAAUUCACAUGGGGCAGUUAUCGUCUGUGAUGAAUCUUCCCGAGACAGAAGUUCGAGUUGCAGAACUAAGAGAACAGUUUAAAGGUCAAACAGUCAUGCUCGGGGUUGAUGACAUGGACAUCUUUAAAGGCAUCAGCUUGAAGCUUCUGGCUAUGGAACAAUUACUCCUUCAACAUCCUGAUAAGAGGGGUAAAGUCGUUUUGGUCCAAAUCGCGAACCCAGCUAGAGGACGUGGUAAAGACGUGCAGGAAGUUCAAUGUGAAACCAAUGCAACGGUUAAGAGAAUUAACGAAACAUUUGGUAAAGUGGGUUACAAACCCGUAAUACUGAUUGAUACUCCACUUCAAUUCUACGAACGUAUUGCUUAUUAUGUAAUUGCUGAAUGUUGCUUGGUCACAGCAGUUAGGGACGGAAUGAAUCUUAUACCGUAUGAGUAUGUAAUAAGUAGACAAGGUAAUGAAAAGCUAGACCGAGCGUUGGGAUUGGCGCCAACAUUACCAAAAAGGAGCAUGUUGGUUGUUUCCGAAUUUAUCGGUUGUUCACCUUCACUUAGCGGGGCUGUAAGGGUUAACCCUUGGAAUAUUGAUUGUGUAGCUGAAGCAAUGGAAUCUGCCUUAUCUAUUCCAGAUUCCGAGAAGCAAUUGCGACAUGAGAAGCACCAUAGAUUUGUGAGCACGCACGAUGUUGCAUUUUGGGCUAGAAGUUUUUUGCAGGAUCUUGAAAGAGCGUGCCGGGAACAUGUUAGAAGGAGGUGUUGGGGUAUUGGGUUUGGAUUAGGCUUUCGAGUCGUUGCUCUAGAUUCAAGUUUUAGGAAGCUUUCUACUGAGCACAUUGUUUCAGCUUUCAAGAGGACAAAGAACCGGGCUAUUCUUUUGGAUUGUGAUGGUACAAUGAUGAUGCAGAGUUCGGUGAGUACAAAUCCUGAUUCGGAGGCGGUUAAAGUCUUGAACAGCCUGUGCCGAGAUCCCAAAAAUGUGGUUUUCUUGGCUAGUGGAAAGGACCGAAGAAAGCUGACUGAAUGGUUUUCUUCUUGUGAAAACCUUGGAAUUGCAGCGGAACAUGGAUACUUUGUCAGAUAUAACAAUGAUUCCGAGUGGGAGAUUAGCAAACCUCUAUUGAAUUUUGACUGGAAACAUGUGGCAGAACCAGUGAUGCAGCUAUACGCCGAGACAACUGAUGGUUCCUUCAUUGAGACAAAAGAGAGUGCACUUGUCUGGAACUACCGACAUGCUGAUCGGGAUUUUGGGUCAUGCCAGGCGAAGGAGCUGCUAGAUCAUCUCGAAAGUGUGCUUGCUAAUGAUCCUGUUUCUGUCAAGAGUGGCCAGUACAUUGUUGAGGUUAAACCACAGGGCAUAAACAAGGGUCUAGUAGCUGAACGUCUCUUAGCAACAAUGCAACAGAAAGGAAUGCUCCCUGACUUCGUACUUUGCAUCGGGGAUGAUAGAUCAGACGAAGACAUGUUCGAGGUGAUCGCAAGUGCAAGAACAACUCCUUCACUCUCGCCCGUUGCUGAAAUAUUUGCUUGCACAGUUGGGCAGAAGCCAAGCAAAGCUAAGUACUAUGUCGAAGAUACAGGCGAGAUACUAAGGAUGUUGGAAGGGCUUGCUGAAGCCUCAGAGAUGGCGGUAAGGAACGAUUACCAGGCUCCUAAACAAGACAUUAUUGAUUAUGAUAACUAAUUAAUUAUGGAUCUAUUCUGUUUGUACAGUGCUGCAUCAUUUUCCCAGUUAGGUCUAGUUCUUGAGGAUCAUAUUUUAUCAGGUUAUAUUUCAUAGUAGUACACAUUUGAGGGGUGAUUGUGAGUUCCUAAUAUUAUUAGAAAUGGGUAUGAUUAUAUUGUUAGUAGAUUGUUUUACAAUAUGGUAUUUAAUUAGAUCAUAAUUUGUGAGUUUUAUUAUUAUAAGGGGUUAAUUUAGGUUCUACAUUUUACAAAUUAAUUAAGAGUUUUGGUAAUUGGUUUGGGAGUGCUCCUCAAGUACUCAAGGAGUACUAGUAGGAAAUAUACUCAUUCGACCAAUAAAAUUAUUUCUUAAGAUAGAAAACAAAAAUAUAUUAAUCGGGUCAUCACAAAUUGAUGUAUGAGACUGUAUUGUGAUUAGAGUUUGGAGGGAACGUGUACAUACAUCACUUUUACUUAUUAAUAGAAUCAGAUCUUGUUUUAGUUGGAGAGUAAAUAUUACUUUUCAGGAUAGAUCUUGAAUUCGAUUUCUACCUGACUCUUCCCCCUUCCUAAGCCAACCAUAUAAUUGAAAAAAGGUAUUGGCCGGUAAGACUUCCCACAGAAUAUUGUUUCAUUAAAUCUUCUUUUUGAAAAUGUUCAAAUUUCUUCAUUAAAUUCAUAAUAACUUCAUGUGAAAGACAAAUUUAGAAUACAUAAUGUGUUUACUUGAAUAACCAUACGAUAAAAAAGAUUUAGGGGGUGUUUAGUAUAAAAAGUGGAAAGGGUAUGGGAAGAGAAUUUUUGAAGAGGGGUAAGGGAAAUGAUAAGGGAAAAUUGGCUGAAAUUAAUUUCAAAUAUCACCCGUUGGUCAAAAUUAAUCCCCACUAUUGAUUAUUUUUUAAUAAUCUCAACUAUUAUCUUAAUUUGUUCAAAACAUCUCCCAUUCCAGCAAAUCGGCAGCAACAGAUAAAACAGGUGGGAUUUUUUUUUCCUUUUUUUUAUUUUUUUACUUCAAAAAUAACCCAUCUCCUUCAUCUAUUAAUCCCCUCCUCCUUCUUCUUCCCCAUUAAUCCCUAUUAAUCACCUCCUCCAUUGAUGAACUUUAACUUUUCAAAAAAUUCCCAUUAAUCUUCAAAUUCCUGCAACAUAUGAUAUUGAUCCCCCAAAACUAAUGAAUUCAGCUUGUUCUUCUAUGUUUCAAAAAAUUCCCAUUAAUCUUCAAAUUCCAUGAACAAGUAUAUAUGAAUCCAUGAACAUGAUGACAGUGAUGGAUAUGUGCACUGAAGAUGAUGACACAGAGUUGGUCUGCACUGAUGAAAACGUGCACUGAUUUGCUGUGCUGCUAUGCACAGAGUUGUUGUGCUGAGUUGUAAGGGUAGCUGUGCUGUGCUGUGCUGAUUUGGUCUGCACUAAUAUGUGUUGUUGCUGAUUUGUAAGGGUAGCUGUGCUGAUUUGUAAUCAAAGCUGUGCUUUUGUUGUAAAUUCAGUACUAAUACAGUACUAAUACCAGGUUCUGUACUGAUAUGUUGUAAAUUCAGUACUAAUACAAGCUGCACUACUUUGUUCAUUAUCAUUC